AUGGCCCAACCAGAAGUCCAGGCUAAUGCUACGGAGGCUUCCAACAGUUCCAGUACGGGUAAAGUCAAGCAGACUCGGAGGCGGCAGCGGUUGAACUGCGUCGAAUGUACUCGACGAAGACAGAAAUGCGACCGCCAAAUACCAUGCACCUCAUGCGUCUCUCGUGGUAUUCCACAACUUUGCAGAUGGGAGCCAAUCGUCGCUCGUCCAACACCCCAGCGCCCGCCUGAGGAUGCGCCGGUUACUGCUCAGCACCAGAGCACGAUAGCCGCGCUAACAGCUCGUAUUGCCAUGCUCGAAGAAGCGAUUUUAAAGCAGGGUCUCCAAUCGGCCCAUGGGGGAAUCAUCGAGAUAGGUAGACAAAGCAACGGCCCAGUAGACCCCUCUACUCGCUCCAGAGAUGAGGCGCCUUUUGAGGACAGCACCCCUACUCCCGAGACUGACUCCAGUGAUGGUCACCCCGCGCUGUCGUCGGCCGCAAAGCCUGCAUUCUCUCGAGUCGACUUCGAAGUCCAACUUGCUGCUGCGAAGAUGGCCCAACUUACCAUCGCACCUCCGAACGAGUACGUUGGUGGUGGCAGCAUCCUUUGUGCGAUCCAUAAGCUAGGAGAUGUUGAGAACUACAGGUUUCCUUAUGCGCGCUCGGGUCCUACAACAUUGAGCAAUCCCCUUGCAAACUACAACACGCUCGCAGCACCGAUAUCGAACCUUGUAUCCAGCCUUCCACCCCGAGAAACUGUGGAUUUCCUAGUCGAGCGAUAUCUUGAGGAGCGCAACUGGGAGUUCGGAAUUCCCGAGCGCUGGUUCAAGACCGCGUGCCAGCAAAUGUGGCACCAUCUUGACACGCAUUGUCCUGGAGCCUGUCAGGCAGCGGGAAGCUGCUUGCGCUGUGCGCGGGAGCUCAAUCCUCAUUGGCUUGUGCUUCUCUUUUCCGUCCUAGCCCUCGCUCCUCACGAGGCCUCCGGUGUGAACUCUAAGAAAUUUUUCACGAAGAGUCUAGAAGCGCGUCGGUUGGUCGAAGACAUCAUGCUCUUUUCUCCGGAGUACUCCUUCGCGCCUACACAGUGCGUGGUGCAUGGAGUCUCCCUGAGCUGCAUCGCUGUAUCUCUGCUAGCGUCGUGGCUCUCUGACCGUGGGAGGAUCAGCGAUGCGUGGAAGCUGGUGGGAACUGCAAUCAGGCAAGCACAGGCCGUUGGACUUCAUCGGGAUCCGACUUGGCACAAAUGGGAGAAGAUGGAUGCAGAGGAGUGCGAGUUGCGUGUGCUUGCAUGGUGGUACUUGAUCAUAUCUGACAGGCUAUAUUCCCUGAUUCUAGGCAGGCCCACUAUGGCAAGUGCACAUACGUUCGAUGUGAAGCUUGUCCCCGGUGCUUCGCACUCCGACGGCACACCCAACCCCUACGUCCACUACCAGCAGUCGUUCAUCUCACUCAUACAAGUCGCUGAGGAGGUCAUUAACAAGUGUGCCGGACUAGCCCCCGCCUCUUAUGCAACUGUUCUCGAGAUGGAUCAGAAAUACAAGCUGUGGCAUUCGAAACUCCACCCCUCUCUCGAUUGGCGGCAGUCACAUUACAUGUCCAAAGAUCCGACCGUCUACGAACGCAGCAUAGCCUUCCAACGACACAUGACUGCAGCUUUCUAUCUCGGUGGCUUGAUGAACUUGCACCGUCCAUACCUCAUGCAAGCGCCUCCGAUCCUCCCACCCCCGCGGCCCGUCCCCGGACUGAGCAGCGUCGUGCUGAACCCCAGUCGCGAACGAUGCAUCGAAUCGGCUAUAGAACUUGUGCGUGUGCUCUGCGAUGCUCGCGAGGAGGCUGCGCAAUGGGGGACAGAGCCGCAAAUCCCGUUCCUCCGCUUCCAUUACUCCUACUUUGUCUUCGACGGUGCCGUGGCGCUUGUCGGGGCGCUCUCCCAAGAGCCCCCGCAUCCGAAGGCAGAGGAGUGCCUCGACCUUAUGUACCGCGCGAUGCGCAUGCUCGCGGACAUCAAGGAGGCUCACAAAGGUGCGACGGACGGCGAGGGCGACAUGGCGUCGCGCGCGCUCACCAUCCUCAUGGCGCUCCGUAAGGCGGGGGCAUGGGACGAGAAGUACUGGCGGCAGGAACGCGGCGCACCACCGGCAUGUGAUACGGCCGCUGAAGCCGCCCCCUGUGGGAACGCCGCGAUGUUGGACGCUUCUGCAACGGAACAGCCUUCUGCGUCGUAUGCGUCUGGAGGCUUAUCUAACGCUGGUAGUCCAGUAUCCCACUCUAACGGCUUCAGACCAUUCGACCCGCAGGCGUUAACUGAGACGUCAAGUCCAACUUCGACACCGUUCCUGAGCGCGGACGUGUCCUCGUUCCCUGGACUUGUCAACGUCCAAAGCGCCACAUGCAUGUCGGGAGACUCGCGGAACCUUGAGGUCGGCAUGUUCUUGACCGUAUCGUCCAUGGACUUCGGGGGCACGAGCUCGAGGGGGUAUGGCAACGCGCCAAACAUGGUCAUGCCGUUCGACAUGCUGCUGAACAGCGAAAACGACAUCGAUUGGGCCGCGGUCAUCACUGACACGACUACCAGUGUAGGAGGAAACUUCUUUACUGUCGGCUGAGCGAUGUAAUUGUUAGUGAACGUGAUGUGUCAUCUAGCUAACUCUACGUAAUGGAAUCGGUUGAAGUGG